AUGGCUCCCUUAUUGUCGAGCCGCUCCAAAUCACCACGAUCCCAAGGUUCCCUACCAACGUUUCUGCUAGCAACGGCGGAGGAAGCAUCCGGUCUUGAGUCAUUACUCCUGCACUUUCAGGAUCCGCUUUCCAUGAAGCCUUCAAGCCUUCGUUGCAAGCACACUCAUUUGCAAGGCUCCUUUGACGGCAUUAUCAGGGAUAAGGAAUUUUCUAAUGCUGGAGACAUCAUCACACCAGGACCACCUCCAUCGUCCUGUCAUCCGCAUACUUCAUCUCUGUCAGGCGCGGGUGUUCAUCCUUCUUCAGUAAAUAUUACGGGUGUUGUCAAACCUUACUCGUCGGAGAACCAUGGACGUCAUGUGAAUCACGCAAGGCGGAAGGCAAUUCUAAGGGGAAAUGGUCGUGCUGGCUUUCUCGUGGUUGCCAAUGACCGUGAUGAGGAGCGAAACAUGGCUACAGAAGCUAUAUGCUUCUCCGAGUCAUCACCUAAACAAGGACCUUCACUUCCUCUCUUCAAAAGCAGCCAGUUGUCUGACACGUGGCUUAAUUCCGGGGGACUGCAGAAAGACGACCUCCUUCAGCCAGGAGGGGAAAUGAUUGCAGAUGGAAGAAAGGUCCAAUCUCAGCAGCAGGAGAACAACUGGCAGUAUUGUGGUCAUUCGUUGCUUCCUUACUCAAAGCAUCACCAACCCUCUGGUUGGCCUGCAAGUAAUUUCCCUUCGAAUGAGAGCUCGUCCUCCCAACCUCAUGAGCAUACAGCACAGGAUAUGUUGUCCUGCACUGCUUCCCUUGACUCUGCUCAACUUGCUGCUCAAGGAAAGUCCCUUUUUCAUUUUUUAGAAGACAAAUCUGCUGCUUAUGCUGGAAUGGGAAUCAGCCUCCCCGAGCACCAGGAGCAGGCAGCACCACAGAAUGGUGCACAGCUGGCAUUGGAGCGAGUUAGCUCGGCCCCUGUUCCAAUUCUUCAAGAAGGCUUCCACGGACAUGCUUUUGAGGAAUUCGACGAUGGGUUUGCUGCAGGUUUAUGGUCCAGCCAUCCUCAGCAGGGAAUCCUAAUGGAUUAUAUGCAGGUUGAUGGGAGUCAGAAUGAAGCUGCUGCGCUACCUGGGUCCAGCUAUAUGGCUAUGGUGACAGGGGAAAAGGACAUUCUGGACGCUGAUACUACUCAUUUGGGAGCGCAAUUACCGCCGUCUGAUGGCAAGAGCAGUGUUGUUGCUGGAGGUGGUGGUGAUGAUGAGGACCCGAAGAAGACUGAAGCGGAGCCUGAAGCCAAGUCUGUACCGAAUAUGUCGUUUAUUCUUGAGGCUGCGCAAGAGUUACUGAUGGAGGUCUGCCGUUGCCCGACACCAACUCGCAAGUGGAGACGAAGGCACGAUGGCAGCAGCUUCGGAGAUGGUACCGGUCAAAGGCCAUCACCAGUGUCCUCGUCUGUCUGUGGUGCGAGUGGACAAGGACAGCUGCAGACUAUCCCUAUCGGUGGUACAAGAGAGCAGGCACAAAGGCUUCGAUCCCUCCUUGUGGAUGUGGAGAAGUCAUAUGGAAAGUACAAGGAACAGAAUACAGCCUUAGCUGCUGCAUUUGAUGCUGCCACUGGAACAGAAGUCAAACCUUUGAACUCUACACGUGCUCCCUCAAGAUUCAAUUUUGCCUUGGCCAUGGCGGUCGGUGGCAAUAAAAGUGGUUCUGGGGGUACCACUCGCCUCGACCGGCUUCUCAUUCUUCUUGAUACUGGAGAAGCGGCCACGACUCGCGACACAGCCGCGCGUCAAAUUGGAGAGUUAGCCAGCCUCCACAGAGCAGAUUUGCAUCCUCUCAUUCGGCGUGUGAAGAGGUUGCUGAAGAGCAGCAAGUGGGACACGCGUGUGGCUGCAGCCAAGGCGUUAGGGUACAUAGCUCGGAACACUCCACAUGCCACGGUGCAGGAACUGCAGAUUGCUGCUGCUACUGUAUCUGGUGAAGAUGGAGCAAUAGCAGCACGGACUGACACUGCUUCUGCAACCCCUGAUGGCGAAAGUGCUGCACCAGCUGCUGCAGGAACUGCAGCAGGAACUUCUGCUGCUGGUGGUGGCUUGCGCUUCGAGGGCUUUGACAUUGGUCGUGUGUUGGACAAUGGGGCACCACUUGUGGCAUCAGCUGGCAAGGAAUAUGAUAUUGCAGCAGUUGGGCGAGGGGGGAAGGAGGCGAUUGCCAAGCAAAAGAAAUCCUUACGACGGAGACUAGGUCUAGACGAGUGUGAGCGAUUCAUGGAUGUAAGCGAUAUUAUCAGAGACGAGGAUCUGGAAGCACCGGCGCAAACAGCAGCACCACCAGCAACAGGUUCAUCAAACCCUGCUCCAGCAGCUGACGGCAAGCAGAAGCAGAGGCGAGAAGCUACGGCAGGAAUAAAGCGUGGAGCGCAGGAUCUAAUGGCUGAGAUGCUGCCAAGUGGCACCGGUCCGGGGCCCUUCAAAGCGCCCUCUUUCACUAUUUGUUUUACCCCUCCUUUCCACCGCUCCUGCCUGCCACCCGCCCAUCAGAUCACAGUAGAGCAGGUAACAGCAGAGGGGGAUGACUGGGAGGAAGAGGAGGAGGAGGAGGGGGAAUGGCCCUUGCAGGCGCUUUGUGAACGACUGCUCACAGACAUGUUUCACCCAGUGUGGGAGGUACGUCACGGCAGUAUUCUUGCCCUCAGGGAGGUUAUGUCCGCGCAUGGGAACAGUGCUGCAGUCUGCCGCCCAAUUGUUCCUUCUAAGUGGACCAGUGCCAACGGGAAGGAGGAGAGGGAAGAUGGGAAGGGGAAGAUGGAGCUACAAAUGGUGAAGGAGGGCGAUGAUGGCAAAAGUGUGCCAGAAAAGAGGGAGCUGGAUGUGGCUUUGGUCAAGGCGCCGAUGGUGAGGUCGGAAAAGGAGGAAGAAGGGGUUAACGAGGAAAUGGAGGGGGUGAAUCAUCAGGGUACUGAAAAAGAAGAAUGUGGGGAGUUAGGAUUGGGGGGCGUGAAGCGGGAAGUAGGACAAAAAGAGUUUUUGGGUAAGCGAAUGGUAGCAGUGAAGAGGGAGAUUGAGGCGGAUACUUGUCCAAAGGCAGAGGUGAAAGAGGAGGCAAUAUUUGAAGAGGACAGUACUAAAAGGAGCGCAAAGGAGGAAGUGAAAGUAGAGGAUGCGAUGGAAGUAAUGGAGGGGCGGCUGGAGGGAGUAAAGAGGGAAGCGAAGGCAGAGACGAUGAAAGUGAGUGGAGGCUGGCUAGGCCUCUCCAUGGGCUCUGAGACGUCUCAAGGAAAGCUUGCCGCUACUGUUGGAGUGUGUGUGAAGGAGGAAGCAGGAGAAGGGGACAGGAAGGGGGAGGAGGAUAACGGAGCUGAACGAUCUGGAUUUGACUUGAACGAGUUGAUGGUCUGUAAAGUGGAGGACACUGAAGCGAGUGUAACGAAUCAAGAGGGCGUCUCUAACCAGAAUUCUGGAGGGAGGGCGCGUAUGGGCUUGGACUUACAUCUUUCUGAUGGCAUGCAAUCAGAAGAGAUGGGAGAGGGGUCGGUACGAAAUUUGGGGAAUGAAGGGAGUAUUAAGGGGAGUAAGGUAGAAGCCAACACGGAUGGGAGUGAAGAGAAGAGCAAGCGUGAGGGAAGUGAGAAAGCUGUAGGAAAGGGGUUGGACUUGAACAUGGAAGUUUUCGAGGAAGCAAAUGAGGGGAAACCUGUGGAUGAGGGGGAAGUGGCAGAGGAGAAGAAUGGAAAAGAGAAGGAGUGUGCGCUGGUGGUGGCACAACCUGUGAGGACGGCGGAGAAAGGUGCAAUCCCGACAAUGGAAUCUGCUCGGAAGGCACAGUUAGCUAUAGAAGCUGUCAGGAAGGCACAAGCGGAUAACGAGCUGUUUUUGGAGGACUGUGCCAUUCGGCUGCUGUGCAUCUUCGCUUUGGACAGGUUGGAAGACUUUGUGUCGGACCAGGUGGUGGCACCUGUGCGGGAGGCUUGUGGGCAGGCGCUGGGAGUGGUGCUCAAGUACCUGCCCUCCAGGGCUGUUGCACACACACUUGAUGUGCUGCUGCACAUGCAGAACCGAUCAGAGUGGGAAGUGCGACACGGUGCCCUGCUUGGCAUCAAGUACCUUAUAGCAGUGCGCCAGGAGCUACUGCCCUCCCUGCUGCCCUCGCUCCUCCCUGCCUGCAUCCGCGCACUGCAAGACUCUGAUGAUGAUGUGCGAGCUGUGGCAGCAGAGGCGCUGCUGCCGGCUGCUAAGUCCGUGGGGGAGGGCGUGGACGAAAGUGAAUUAAGGCAGCUGAUGCGGCUGCUGUGGGGGAUAUUAUCCGGACUUGAUGACCUCAGCCCGUCCACUAGCAGCGUCAUGACCCUCCUUGCUGAGCUGCUUGCCCUUCCUCGAGUUGCAGCCCUCUGGUCCGUUUCUCCACCUGCUGGUGCUUCAGCUGAUGCUAAGCCUGCUGUCGGUAUGGCUGCUGCUGCUUCUUCUGUUGGACAUGGGAAGGACGAUGAGGAGUUGGGGGAAGAUGAUGACCUAGACGACGAGGAAGAGGAGGAGAAUACAGUUUUAGAUGGGAGUCGGCCAAAGCGCAGCAAAGAUGCUGCUGCCGUCGCUGCUGCUGUUGGUGCUGGAAAGGACUCUUUGCCGCCCUUAGUGGUUCUCGUCCGUCGAUUAUGGCCGUUGAUGCGUCACACCAUCUCUGCUGUCCGACUUGCUGCUGUUUCCACUCUCGAGAGGCUCCUCCAGUCUCAUGGCACCUCGUCAGCAUCACCCUGGGUGGCCGACGUUUUACAGGACGCUCUUGCAUGUAUUCUCCGCAAUCUGAUUCUGGAGACUCACCCCAUGGCCCUCGCUGUCUCUCGCCGUGUCUGGCCUCUGCUCUUGCGACAGGUACCCCCCUCCAAGGUUGCAUCCCUCACCCGCCCCUUCAUUCACCACUGGUGCCAGCUCAUCGCCACACCACCUGAAGGUGCUGGAAGUUCUGCCGCUACUGGGAGUGCGAUGGGAAGCGGUGGUAGUGGGGUGGAGGUGGUAGGGGCGGAUGGGGAGAGCGCAGCUGUGCGUAUGAGAGUGGACACAAGUCAAGCCAUGGGGUUGCUUCUCUCCUUCUGGCCUGUUGACCAGCUAGAAGGCGGAGUCGCUCCGUUGGUAUCUCUUCUGGGGUCCGUGGCUGCCACACAGAAGCAGGUUGGUGCUUUGAUCGUUGCUGCUUGGUUCAGGGAGCUUGAGACACGGGAGGUGGGAGAACUGAAGGAGGAUAAAUCGGACAAGCAGGGAUCGUUGCAAAAGCCGAAUCAACAGCAGCAGCAUGCGUCUGCCCUUGGCUCUCUCCCAGGUCUCUCUUCGGUACAAUCAUCCCCCCCUGUUGCAAAACUGCUAACCCAUUUGAUGGCUCUCCUCUCUUCUCCUGAUGCUGGCCAAAGCUACGAAGAGCUCUCACGAACCUACAACAAGCUCCGAGCCGAAGCUAGUGCUUUGAUCAGCCAUGCCAAAGCUGUAGGGUUAGCACCAGACACGAUUAGUUCGGCGCUUACACGAGCCGGCUGUGCUGGCUCGGCAGUUGCUUUAGAUAGCAGUAAAGCAGAAGAAGCGAGAGGAACGGAAGGAACGAAAGGAGCAGUUGUGGAAGGACGAGGAGGGGAGGAGACUCAAUUUGCCAGACUGAGUCCUGAGGGUGCGCUAGAACUGGCAGGGGCUUUGGCUGGGCUGGCUGGGACAGAGACAGGGGAGGUGGAGAACAGGGAUGCACCUGGUGGUGUGGCUGGUGGAGCUGUUGGAGGGAGAGGUGAAGGAGUUGGAAGGGGAAGAGGAAGAGGAAGAGGCAGGGGAAGGGGAGGAAGUGAGGGAGGGAGAGGGGCUGAGAGGCAACAGGAGCCGCAGCAACAGCAAGGCAUGGGCGAUCUGAUGGAAGGCUGCAGGCGGAGAUUGCUGUCCACUGCCACUUACCUUAAAACUGUUCAGGCCAACAUGCACACAUCCGUCACAGCAACUGUGGCGGCAGCAGCAGUGCGAGUUGCCCCAAGUUUGCCGGCCAAGCUGAACCCCAUCAUACAACCACUCAUGGCUGCACUUAAGCGAGAAAGGGAGGAGCUUCUGCAGCAGUGUGUAGCGAGCGGCCUCGCAACCGUGAUUCUGCGCUCCUUGGACCGCCGUCCUUCCCCCAACGACAGGCUUCUCAAGAAUCUAUCUACACUCGCCUGCUCCGACCCCUCUCAGUGCCCACCACCCUCUGAUGCCAAUCGGGAGGCGGAUGACCCCUUGGAUCCCACCCUCGCUAUGCCUGCUGCGGCUGGAGCAGGGGGACCAGCUGCAAAAGGAGCAGCUGGUGUGACUGUAAAAGGGGACGGGGCAGCGGGGUCGCUGGAAGCCAUGAUUGGCCGCAGAGGAGCCGAGCUGUCUUUUAGAGCCUUGGCAGACAGCCUUGGCCCAGACCUUAUUACGAAGCUGCCGAAGCUGUGGGGUCUCCUCACUGAGGUCUGGAAGCCCGGAGAGUCAGAGGGAGGUGGUAGCACAGGGAAGUGCGAUGAGGGAGAACUUUUCAAAGCAGAUCCACUGGCACUAGUCAACACCUUUCAACUUAUCCGGUGCCUAGCCCCUGUCCUCCACACAUCUCUAAUCCCACAACUGCUCCUCCUCCUUCUCCCUGUUCUCUGUUGCACUCGCCAUCCCCAUGCUGCCGUCCGUUUCGCCUCAGCCCAAUGUCUGGCAGCCCUUGUGUCGCUCCCUUCAGCAGAGCAAACUGUUCUCUCCGCCAUUCUCACUCAUGUCAUUCCCCAGCUCACCAACACACUCUCCGAACCUGCCCGUCGUGGUGCAGCAAGUGUUGUUUCCUCAUUAGUCAACACCCAAGGCGAGAUGCUAGCACCAUACGCUGCACUCCUAGUCGUUCCCCUUCUAGCGCGGAUGUCUGACCCUAGUCCGCAGGUGCGGCAGCUGGUCACACAGAGCUUUGCCAGGCUCGUGCCUCUACUGCCGCUGGCUCGAGGGCUGCCCCUACCAGCGUUUUUGGACAAGGAAGGAGCGAGGAAGGCCCGGGAGGAUGCAAGGUUCCUGGAGCAGCUACUGGAUAAUCGCAAGGCGGAUGAUUACCAGCUGCAAGUGAAGCUGUCGGUGACUCUGAGAAGGUACCAGCAGGAGGGUGUGAACUGGUUGGCCUUUCUGCGCCGCUUCCACCUGCAUGGGGUGCUGUGCGAUGACAUGGGACUGGGCAAGACCCUCCAGGCCUCCUCCAUGCUCGCCUCAGACACAAUCGAACGCCAAGCUGCUGCCCGUGCAGCUGCUAGCGGGGCGACCACUGCUGCUGAGCGUGCUGCGCCGGGUGCUUCUGGAUUCGGAGUUGCGCCCACGCCUCAACUCCCGUCUCUCAUCGUUUGCCCACCUACGCUUGUCGCUCACUGGGUCUAUGAGAUCGAGAAGUACAUUCCUCCUGGGAUCCUCUUCCCACUGCAAUACGCAGGCAGUGUUGCCGACCGCCAGAGGAUGCGGGGGCAGCUGAGAAAGCACAACCUGGUGGUCACCUCAUACGAGGUGUUACGGAGCGACAUUGAUGAGCUGGCAGCCAUCACGUGGCGGUACUGUGUGCUGGACGAGGGGCAUCUGAUCAAGGGCGCUAAGACGCGGCUGUCGCAGGCGGUGAGGCGGAUCAAGGCGGAGCAUCGGUUGCUGCUGACAGGCACUCCCAUUCAGAACAACGUCCUGGAGCUCUGGGCGCUCUUUGACUUCCUCAUGCCAGGAUUCCUAGGCACUGAGAAACAGUUCCAGGCGCGGUAUGGCAAGCCCCUACAGGCUGCACGAGACCCCAAGUGCACUGCCAAGCAGGCAGAGGCAGGCGCUCUGGCCAUGGAGGCCCUUCACCGCCAGGUGAUGCCGUUCAUUCUGCGCCGCACCAAGGAGCAGGUGCUCUCAGACCUGCCGCCCAAAAUCAUCACCGACAGAUACUGCCAGCUCAGCACGCUCCAGCGACUACUGUAUGCUGACUUCUCAAAGUCCCAUGUGUCAGAGGAGGUGGUGACAGCAGUAACGGCGGCAGGCGGGGGAGCAGAGGGAGGGGGUGCGGAGCAAGCUUCAACCCAUGUGUUCCAAGCGCUGCAGUAUUUGAGGAAGCUGUGCAGCCAUCCGCUACUGGUGCUCGACCCUUCCCAUCCCCGCCAUGCAGCUGCUCUCGCAGCAGUAGGGGCCACAGGGACGGCAGCAGAAGCCGGGCAGAGAGGAGGCAGCAGCAGUGGUGCUGGGAGCAGCGGAGGGGAUGGCAUUGGCGACUCAUUCCUUGAUAUUGUGGAGGAGGACCUCUUCAAGAAACACAUGCCUGGUGUGUCCUAUUUGCGCAUUGACGGCUCGGUGGAGCCGUCGUGUCGUUUUGACAUAGUCAAGGCCUUCAACUCCGAUCCAACGAUUGAUGUGCUGCUCCUCACAACCCAUGUCGGUGGCUUGGGGCUGAACCUAACAGCAGCAGACACAGUGGUGUUCUUGGAGCAUGACUGGAACCCCAUGCGGGAUCUGCAGGCCAUGGAUCGAGCGCAUCGCCUGGGCCAGAGGCGGACGGUGAACGUGCACAGAGUGAUAAUGGCGGGCACGCUGGAGGAGAAGGUCAUGGGGCUGCAGCGCUUCAAGCUCUCCAUAGCCAACGCGGUGGUCAAUGCUGACAACGCCAGCCUCAAAUCGAUGGACACAUCGCAGCUCUUAGACCUCUUCAACGCUGGCCCCCCUGCUGCUAGUGCCAGUGCUAAGAAACCAGCAGACUCAUCCUCAGAUGCAGCUGUGGCAGCAGCUGGAGGAGGAAAGGGACUGAAGGCUGUGCUUACAGGCUUGGAAGAUCUCUGGGAUGAGUCGCACAUGAAGACGAUCCUAGCGUCCGAGACGAUGGACAUUCCUAAGGACGUGAAGCUGGAGAUUAAGGCAAAGAAGGUCCGCGUGACUGGGCCACGUGGCAAGCUGUUUAGGGACUUCCGUCACCUCAACCUCGAUUUCCAAAUCAUCGAGGACGGGACGAAACUCAAGGUCGAUGCGUGGUUCGGCACGCGCAAGACGAUGGCGUCGAUUAGAACGGCCAUCAGCCACGUGCAGAAUCUGAUCAAGGGCGUGACGGUGGGCUUCAAGUACAAGAUGCGCCUGGUGUACGCUCACUUCCCCAUCAACUCGAGCAUCAGCAGCUCCGCCGACAGCAUCGAGAUCCGAAACUUCCUGGGCGAGAAGAAGGUGCGCAAGGUGGCGAUGCUGGAGGGCGUGACGAUAACGCGGUCGGAGAAGGUGAAGGACGAGCUCAUCCUCGAGGGCAACGACAUCGAGCUCGUCAGCCGCUCCGCCGCGCUCAUCAACCAGAUAUGCCAUGUGAAGAAGAAGGACAUUCGGAAGUUCCUGGACGGCAUCUAUGUGAGCGAGAAGGGCAACCCGAGCGCGAUGGCGGCUGCUCGCAUCGCCGUGCUGACGGCGGUGUUUUCGCGGAAGCUGAGCGCGCAGGUGGACAAGGCGGUGCCGUGCGACGUGCGCGACGCGCUGCUCGUGGACGCGCGCGCCAAUGAGCAGCCACCGCCGGACAGCACCGCCGCGUGCUCGUCGCGAGCGAUGCACGUCGGCGCCAAAGCCAUGCCUCACCCUCGCGUGGUUCUGCCGCGGCCGUCGUCGUCCCUUGCGGCGGUCUGCAAGACGGACGCGCGCGCCAUAGUGGCCACGCUGGGAACCCCCGCCGCUGGCGGCAUGCGCGAGGCGCACCACGCUUUGCAGGCGAAUGGAGCCGCUCACUUACCUCCUCCAAACGGCGUCACGCCUCUCUCGCACGAGCCAAACGGCGCGUCGAGCCGGGUCGCGCAGCGCGAGCGGUGGACGAAGCACAAGAGCCGGCAGACGCCGCGGCAGGCGGCGUGGACGGCGGAGCAGGUGCGCGAGAGGGAGCGGCGGAUCGUGGAGGAGGUGGCGCGCGUGCCGGAGGGGCGGAGCGUGGCGGCCGUGCUGGACGCGUGGGCGGGGCGCACGACGCGCGUGGAGAUGUCGAGCGUCGUGAAGGAGCUCGGCGCGCAGCGCAAGGCGCGGCGGGCGCUGGAGGUGUUCGAGUGGAUGGACGCGCAGCGCGGGCGGAUGCGGCCCAACGGGCACACGUACACGCUCAUGCUCGGCAUCCUCGGCAGGGCGGGCAUGGUGGAGGAGGCGGAGGUGCUGUUCGCGCGGUUCCGCGCGGCGGCGUUCCGCGACAAGGUGCACGGCUUCAACGCCAUGCUGCACGCCUGGCUCUCGCACGGCCACGCGCAACGCGCCUGGGAGCUCUUCCACCUCAUGCAGCAGCAGCAGCAGCAGCAGCAGCAGCAGCAGCAACAAGAAUUGGAAUCCAAAGGCGCUGCCAGCGCGUCAAUCCCCACCGCCGGUCCUGUCGACUCCUCACCCCGCAAGUCCCCCACCCACGUCGCGUCAGAUGCGUCCCCCCCUCCCGUCCCUCCCACUUCCCACUCGUCCUCUGCCCCAUCCGCCGCCCGCGCCACCCCCGACCACUCGUCGCAGCCGUCGCAAGCGCCUGCUGAGCGCAGCGACGGCCGCGGAGACGGCGACGGCGAUGGCGACGGCGACGGCGAUGGGGCGGGUGCGGCGAGGUGGGGUCCGCCGCCGGCGCCGGACGCGGUGACGUACAACACGAUGCUGAGCGCGGGGCUGGCGGGCGCGGGCACGGCGGGCAGGGGGAGGGCCAAGGGGCGGGGGAGAGGCAAAGGCGCGGGCAGCAGGGGGGGAGGGGCGAGCAGCGGCGGAAGCGGCAGCAGCGCAGGGCGGCAGGCGCUGGCGCUGUACGGCGAGAUGAAGGCGCGCGGCGUGCGCCCCACCGCGCGCACGUUCAACAUCCUGGUGUCGCUGCUCGGCCACCACGGCCUCGUCGCCCAGGUGAGCCUCGUCGCCCAGGUGAGCCUCGUCGCCCAGGUGAGCCGCGUCGCCCAGGUGAGCCUCGUCGCCCAGGUGAGCCUCGUCGCCCAGGUGAGCCUCGUCGCCCAGGCGGAGGGGGUGGUGGCGGAGAUGAGGAGGGAGGGGGUGGAGGCGGAUGCGCACACAGUGAGCGCGGUGAUGACCAUGUACACGCGCGCUGACCGCCCUGACGACGCCAUUCGGACGUACGAGAGGGCGGGGGCAGCGGGGGUGCGGGCGUCACGGGCCAUGUUCACGGCGCUCAUGGCGGCACUCACAGCCGCCGGCCGCCCCGCACACGCCGCCGCCGCCUUUGACGCCAUGCUGCAGGCGGGCCUCACUGCUGACGUGGCGGCGUGCGGGGCGCUGCUGAGGGCGCUGGCGGAGGCGGGCGAGGCGGAGCGGGCGGAGGCGGAGCUGCAGGCCAUGCCGGCGCGGCACGGCGUGCACCCCAACGCCAUCGCCUACUCCGCUGUCGUCAUGGCCUACGGCAGGCAGGGCAUGUGGGAGGAGGCGGCACGGGUGUUUGAGGGGAUGCUGAGUGCAGGGUGUGAGGCGGACCUGCAGGCGUUCAACAUUCUCAUGGCGGCCUACGGGCUGCAGGGCCUCUCCCUGCCCGCGGCGCAGCUCUUCCGGCGCCUGCAGGCGCACGGGCUGCGCCCCGACGCCGUCACCUACAACACGCUCAUCCACGCCCUCUCCAAGGCCGGCCUGCCCGGCGCCGCCCUGCGCGCGCUGGAGCACAUGCGGCAGGGCGGGUGCGAGCCGGACCACGUGACGCGGUGCCUGGUGGCGCGCAUCCUGCACGAGGCCGGCCGCCACACCGACGCCGAACACAUGCUGCGCCCGCCCCCCCCACCCCUUGCUGUGCCCUCGCAGCGGUAG